CGCUUUCUAUAUAUUUGGUAAAAUUGUAGAAGAGGACUGCGAAAUAUCCGGAGAGCUCGCGGAAAUGGCGACGGUGCUGCCACUCGCCGUGCCCGCCGCCGCCUCGGCCGCGCCGAGGGCAUGCAUCUCCUGCGUCCCAGGCCCCGCGCCCUUCCUCGGUACACGUACGCUCCUCCGCCUCCGCCCCUUUGGCGCACCGCGGGGCGUCGCCUGCGCCCUCCGCCGGAGGCCCUCCAAGUACAGGACUAAAAUACAGACCGAGGAGGAUGUGGAUGCAGAAUAUGGCAUGGACGAUGAUGGUAAUGAAGACGGAUUGGAAGCACUUUUCAAGCAGCUGGAAGAAGAUCUUGAGAAUGAUGAUUUAUCUGUCGAUGACGACGACGAUGAGAUAUCAGAAGAAGAUAUGGCCAGGUUUGAAAAGGAGUUGGCAGAAGCAAUUGGGGAUGUUGGUGGUGUUGAUGAAUCAGCAGAAGAUUUAUUGUCGAGCUCUGGAAAGACUGGUAAUUAUGGGAAAACAGAUGAAAUCGAACGACCAGAGUUGAAAAGCUGGCAACUCCGGAGAUUGGCUCGUGCACUGAAAAUAGGUCGACGUAAAACUAGUAUAAAGAAUCUUGCAGGGGAGCUAGGCCUAGAUAGGGCUUUGGUCAUUGAACUGCUCCGCAAUCCACCACCGAAACUUCUACUCAUGUCUGAUUCUUUGCCUGAUGAAGCUCCUUCGAAACCUGAAGUGAAGGAAAUAGAACCUUCUAGUUCUACCUUUGUUGAUGAGGUUGAUGCCAGUCAUGCCACUGAAAUCAAGCCACAGAUGGAGCUUCCCAUUCAUGUCAUGAGCGCAGAAUGGUCUGCGCGGAAAAGGCUAAAAAAGAUGCAAGUUGAGACUUUAGAAAGGGUCUACUUACGAAGCAAGCGCCCCACGAAUACAAUGAUCAGCAGCAUAGUUCAAGUGACAAACCUUCCACGAAAGACCAUUGUUAAGUGGUUUGAGGAUAGACGGGAACAAGAUGGGGUCCCUGACCAUCGUGCCGCAUUCAAGAGAUCCGUAUCUGAGACGAUAGCUAGUUCAUAACUUCUUCAGAUAAGCCUUUGUUAUAGUGUUCGCUUGAAACCACGUACAAACAUGUAAAUUUGAAUUUUUAAAGUACAAAUUUUGCAUGUCCAACAUGGAGUAUCUUUUAGAUUGUAGCAAUACUAUCAGAUCAGCCAAUGUGACAGGUACAACUCCCAACUAUCACUUGCCAUUUUAAUUGGCUUCACUCUGGACCACCAUUUUGACUA